CCAUACGUGUGCAUUCGAUCGUGAGUGCCGCUGCGUGUUGCUGCUUUACCGAAAAAAUGCAAGUUGUGUUUACAGUUCUUACCUGCGUAUUGUGUGUCGCUGCUUCGGGUGUGUCAGCGGCAGAAGAUAGCAAUAGGCUGAGUUGUCCAGCUAACCCGGCAGCUGAACCACUGUCACCUGGCCGUGACAUGGCAUCGGGGGAAAAUUGGAAAGAUGCCUGCUCCAUCUACGAGUUCAUCGCGGAAGAUAUUCGAGGGAGGAAUGUCUCGCUCAGAAAAUACGCGGGCCACGUUGUACUGAUAGUGAACGUUGCCUCUCGAUGCGGUUUCACCGACUCCAACUACAAGGAGCUGCAGGCACUGCACGACAAGUACGGUUCCAACGAUCCACCUCUGAGCAUUCUGGCAUUUCCCUGCAACCAAUUCGGAAGUCAGGAACCAGGGAGCAACUCGGAAAUAGAACAUUUCUGCAAGUCCACGUACAACGUAAAGUUUGACAUGUUCGCCAAAGUGGACGUGAACGGCGACGGCGCUCACCCGCUAUGGAAAUUUCUGAAGUAUCGGAAAGGGGGUACCUUGGGCGACGCUAUUAAGUGGAACUUUACCAAAUUUCUUGUCAACAGAGCAGGACAGCCUGUAGGCAGAUACUCCCCAACGACAGCGCCCAGUGCUAUCGAAGAUGACAUCAAGAAACUGCUUGCUGGGUCUUCGCAUCUCUGAACUUUUGUAGAAGGGGACGCGAUACUUCAUAAAGCAGCAGCGCUGUUCUAGUGCGUCACUGUCAGUGUUUUUUCAAGUUAGCUGUAAAGUGCGAACACAUUUCUGCUCAUUUUUUAAAACCUCAUUUGCUCUUUGCUGCUUAGACUCGUUCGUGCUGUGAUGGUUGCGGCAUGUUGUACACCUCUUGUUGGAAGGUCACAUAGAAAUUACUUCAAGUCAUCA